AUGGCCGCCACAGCCGACAAAUCCAAGCCCUACAUCCCCCUAUCCAGCUGCGCCAACGAUGGCUGGUCAAAAGAAGAAUCAGCGACAGCAACUUGCUUCUGCGGCGCGGGACCCGGUCUAGUCGGCACAUUUGUCUGUCACUGCACCGACUGUCGCAAGAUCACCGCGUCCAUGUUCGCAUCCAACUUCACCGUCGACGACGCAUAUCUGACCCAUAUUCGUGGUCACGACAAUCUGACAUCUUACGGCCAGUCACAUACCAUUGCCUCGGGUAAGAAGAUGACGAAUUAUUUCUGCUCUACCUGCGGUACCCUCAUGUACCGUGUUGGGGAAGCUUUUCCAGGGAAAAGUAUCCUCCGGAUUGGCACAGUAGAUGAUUUUAAUCUGCAUGAGACGAAACUCAGGCCCCAGCGAGAGAUUUUUGUCAAGGAUCGUGUUUCUUGGGCUACUUCUAUUGAGGGUGUCCAGCAGAUUCAAGCACAGAGUUCAAAGAUCUAA